GGCAUCGAGAAGAUCGGGACCGAUAUUAAUCUCGCAUCCUCCUCGUCGGAAACCGCCCGGCGAUCUGUCAAUUUUUGAAAAGUGAUACGUGAAAUUCGUGGUACGAGUAAGGAAUCGGGAUGCCGACGUGCGACUGCCAGAACAAGACUCAGGACGAGUCGGAGGAGCACAUUUGUCCGUUGAAACCGCCAGUGGAAAAGGACAAGGCCAAGGAACCCAAAGAUUACGCCAAUCCGGUUAGGUACAGCGAUGGCUCCGUACGAUUACGAAAUCCCAAUAUCGAACUCAUGGAUCAGGACAUAUUGUACCAUCUCGCACUUGGCAGUGGAUCCCACGAUCUCGUUGAAAUGUUCGGCGACGUCAAGUUCGUCUGCAUGGGUGGAACGCCGAAAAGGAUGGAGCAUUUCGCAAACUACAUCAUGCAGGAGAUCGGUCACAAGCUGCCCGCGGGAACGACUCUUCUUGACAUCACCAAAAAUUCCUACCGCUAUUCGAUGUAUAAAGUCGGCCCUGUCCUAUCGAUCAGCCACGGAAUGGGUAUACCUUCGGUUAGUAUCUUGCUCCACGAAGUUAUCAAGCUAAUGUACCACGCAAAGGUGAAGGAUCCAGUCUUCAUUAGAAUUGGCACUUGCGGCGGUAUCGGUUACGAGGGCGGUACAGUAAUCAUUUCGGAGGAGGCCUUGGAUGAGACGAUGAAGCCUUAUAUGGAAUUGAUGGUACUCGGAAAACUGAUACGCAGACCGGCCAAGCUCGACCGGCAGCUGGCCCGCGAUCUGAAGGCUCUGGCUCACCGUGACGACCCGUACGAAACCGUGAUCGGCAAGACCAUGUGCUCGAACGACUUCUACGAGGGCCAGGGUCGCCUGGACGGCGCGUUCUGCGAGUUCACGGAAGCCGACAAGAUGGAAUACCUCACGAAGCUGCAGAAGGCCGGCGUGGUGAACAUCGAGAUGGAGAGCCUCUGCUUCGCCGCGCUGACACACCACGCCGGCAUCCAGUCCGCCGUCGUGUGCGUGACGCUGUUAGACCGACUCAAAGGCGACCAGGUUCUAGCGCCCAAGGAAGUGUUGGAGGAAUGGCAGUUGCGACCGCAAAAGCUAAUCGCACGCUACAUCACCACGUAUCUUCAGCGCAAGGGCCGCCUCUCUCUGGAGGGCAUACACGGCUCCAUGUACGUGAAGAGCCCGCGCCGGUUCAAACUCGUGCAGCAGGAGUCUGAGAAUUACGAUUAAGUAAUUCUCCAAAACGAAUACGAAGAUGCAGCCACGAAGAUCUCCCGAGGUGCGAUCGGAUACAUCGGCUCGACUACAGGAUCGGUUGACUUGCGCCGCGGAAGUUGCCGUGUCCGUUUAUUUUAUUCGCGAAAGCUUGAUUUGUAUUCGCGAAAAUAGCGUGACAAUGGUGUAUUGAGAUAUAAAGAGAGAGAGAGAGAGAGAGAGAGAGAGAGAG